GUAAAAAGUAAUAAUUUUAUAAAAUGGCUAUUCUAAGGUAGGUUUGUUGAUUGACUUUUCAACAGUAUGAAAUUUAGUUUCCUUGACAUCAUCAAGGGGGUGAAAGCUUAAAAGAAGCAUUUGAACAGGUAGUUGUAUCAAUGUUUAACUAUAUGACAACAGAUUUCUCAACAGUGGAGAUGUUAGAAGAACAGGAAGUAGAAGCAGAAGGUGAAGAUUUAGAGUCUAUGCUGUUCCACUUCAUGGAUGAGUGGUUAUUUGUUUUUUCAGCCGAGCCAUUUUUUAUUGCAAAGAAAGUAGUCAUUACAGAAUUUGAUAAAGAAAAUUUCAAAAUAAAAUCAAUAGGUUACGGUGAAGAGUUUGACAUUCAGAAACAUCCGCAAGGUACAGAAGUGAAGGCAAUCACCUAUUCUAACAUGCAGAUAUAUGAUGACGAAGACAGACAUGAAGUAUUUGUGAUCAUUGAUAUAUGAUAGUGUACAAUAGUUAACUUUCUACAGUAGGUUGAAAGGAGUGAGUUAUAGCAAAAAGUUUUAUGGAAGUGAAUUAUCAUCUCAUUGUGAAAAUCAUUUUAUGGCAUGAUGAAAGUGAAUUAUGGUGAAACACUGGUGUAAUUUUUAUAACAAAAUGGGUUAUAGUGAAAAUCAAGAAUAUUUGCUACAACUUGGAAAAAAUUGCUGUGAAAAUCAAGUAUAUAUUCGUUACAAGGUUAGAAUAACAUACCUAUUAUUGUGAAGUCGUUAACCAAGUGGAUUUGUUUUAACAUAUAAGAAAUGAAUCAUCAUUAAAACUUGUUUGUAACAACAAAGUUAAAUGAAAGUCUAAUCUUAAUUAUCUGCUACUGUUGCUGUGACAACAGUCACAGCUUAACCAUCUGUAUUCCUUAACCAAAACAAUGUGGACUGGACUGGAAAUAGUGUGGUAUAUAGGACUUACUGGACUUACAGAGUUGGGAGGUGUAUUGGACUGAUACUGAUGUUUUUACUAAGAUCUUUGAUGAAGAAAGUUAAACGCACUUUUGAAGCAGAAGCUAGUUUGCUCAGGUUGAUUGAUUCCAUACAUUUGUUUGCCUAUUUGUCUUUUUACCAAACUUUUAUAGUAAAAUAACUAUAUACGAGUUCGAAGCUAAGCUAUUUUUAUCUUUUUAAUUACACCUCCAGAUACAAAGUAUUUGGGGGCUAUGUUAGGAGUCACGGAUGUCUAUCAUUCUGUACAUUUUUCAGCUCCAUAUCUUCUUAACAGCUUGGACGACUGUCAUAAAAUUAGCAUCAGUUGUAACUCUUAUCAUGAUGAUGUGCAGAGCACAUUACUCUGGUCACCAGGCCAAAGGUCAGGGUCAUACUUUAAGGUCAAAAGGCCAUAUUGUCUAAACCACUUUGAAGAUUUUCAUAAGUCUGCAGGUAACAUCAGUUGUUUACCUCAACAAGUUGAUGUACAGAGCACACAACUAAGGCCACAAAGGUCCAAGUUCAAGGUCAUACUCAGAGGUCUAAGGUCAAAGAGCUUUAACGUCAUGUUCUCUCGGUAUCUUAACCACUAGGAAGAUUUUCAUAACACUGUUUUUAACUGAAAACCUCAUCAAAAUGACAUACACAGCAAACAACCCUGGUCAGAGUCAAAGGUCAGGGUCACACUUGGAGGUCAAAGGUCAUGUAGCUAAAAUUCUUGUCCGCUCCAUAUCUACUGGAGGAUUUUCAUGAAAUUAGCAUCAGUUGUUAAACUCCUCAAGAGAAUAUGCAGAGUGCAUAACCCAGAUCAUAAGGUCAAAGCUCAAGGUCACAAUGGAUGAAAGAUAAAAAAUACCUUAGAUUUGUUUGCUUCAUAUCUUCCUAACCACUGAAGGGAUUUUCAUAAACUAGUGUCAGUUGUUAACGUUUCCAAGACAACUUGCAGAGUGUACUACCCAGAUCCCAAUUGAAGGUUACACUUGAAGGUCAAAGGUUAUGAUCACAUUACUUUCUUUGCCUUGAAUUAAAUCUGCAGGUAUUAAAUGCCUCUUGUGAGAGCUCUAGUUGAAUUGUGUUUUAUGUAAACGCUGUUAUAAAGCACUUGAACCUAAUUAAAGCUUUGUUGAUAUAGACCACCUUCAGACAACAAUACUAUAAUUUUCAUACACUGCUUGUUGGUCUUCCAGUGUCCAGACAUAGAACUUCAACCUGAACCAAGUACACCAGAGCUGCAUUUUCCAUGUGAACAAGUAGAUUCUAACAUGUGUGACAACUACAGUGUCCCACAUGUUACCAUGGCAGUGUUGACAGCUGCUCUGCACUCUCAGUUCUGUGACCAGGCAAACUGUUCAGAAACGCAUACUUAACCUGUACACUCAAUAAGUAGCAAAACAAUCUAAGACACUAAAAGGAACAUAAUCCCAACCCUCAAGUUAUUGAUAAGAGUUACUGGUUGAGUCAAUCCAAAAUGCUGAGUCUUGUCCAAACCAAUAUAUGUUCUACACUGAAUUGGGUUUGGAGCAUGAAGUUCCCUCGAGAUAAUUUUUUCUAAGUACCAAAUUGUUUAUAAAAAUACAGCAAAUUAAAGGCCAAUGUCUUGGCUCAAUGUUGAUACUAUCUUCAUUCUUUUGUCACCAAAACUGACUUUAGAAUUGAUGGAAAAAUCAUCAAUACGGUUGCCAUUUCAUGGUAUUAAUGUCUGCCAUGGAAACUGAAGUCAUAUGAAGUUCUCAAUGGAAAUGUUUGUUAGUCCAAACAUUUGGUGCCUAUGAAAAUGUACUAAAAGGCUACCAUGGUAGGAUUUACUGGUCCUAACCAAUAUACAAAAAAAAUAGUGUCAAUCAUCCAGUGGAUUUUAAAGAGAGUCUACUAUAACAUUAACUGUAGAUCAAUAAAGAAUAAAGUAACAGAUAUGCAUCAGGCUAUUUUAAACACGGAAACUUGGCUUAAUGCGUGGAUGAUAGAAAAAAAUUACCUGAAUGGUGGGAUUCUCACUGCCAACAGCACAAAAUCAGUCUUACCAAUAGGAAAAGGUAAAAAUAAGCUUUAUCUAAAGUUGCAAAGUGAUCCACAGAGAACAUGAGCUAUAGAGCUACAAACAUUGUAUCCAGUGAUAGAUAUUAAUCUGGGAUUACUUCACCUCCUGGUACAACACUUUAUGAAAUGAGUACUAAUCAAGUGAGCUACCAGUACAAUUUUUCCUGUCUUUGGUGUGAUGCAGUUUGGAAUCGAACCAGGUCAAAAAGACACAAACACGUGACAUCGCAACACUUCGAUAAGACAACGCGAAGUGACACUGUGAUAUCGUGCUAUUGACACGUGACAAUACAGUGUGACAUUGCAACAUUAUCCAGUCACAUUAUGUUUGGCAUUUUUGUGUGUCGUAUUACAUUGUCGUGAUGUCACUUCACAUUGUAGCAUGUCGUCCUGUAAAAGCGACGAAUGACAUUAAUACUGGCAGGAACAGGAUUCCAUAGAAUUUACUAUGUAAGCCAUUGACAUUUAAGUCAAAAUACAGAUGUGUAAAGGACCUAAAGCAAAAUACAGAUUGCACAUAUUUUUAACGUGAUUAUUGAUAUUUUAGAAUAUUUCAUAGCAAUUGUUUGUUUUUAGCUCACCUGUCACAAAGUGACAAGGUGAGCUUUCGUGAUCGCGCGGUGUCCGUCGUCCGUGCGUGCCUCCGUGCGUCCAUAAACUUGCUUGUGACCACUCUAGAGGUCACAUUUUUUGUGGGAUCUUUAUGAAAGUUGGUCAGAAUGUUCAUCUUGAUGAUAUCUAGGUCAAGUUCGAAACUGGGUCACGUGCCGUCAAACACUAGGUCAGUAGGUCUAAAAAUAGAAAAACCUUGUGACCUCUCUAGAGGCUAUAUAUUUCACAAGAUCUUCAUGAAAAUUGGUCAGAAUGUUCACCUGGAUGAUAUCUAGGUCAAAUUCGAAACUGGGUCAUGUGCCUUCAAAAACUAGGUCAGUAGGUCUAUAAAUAGAAAAACCUUCUGACCUCUCUAGAGGCCAUAUAUUUCACAAGAUCUUCAUGAAAAUUGGUCAGAACGUUCACCUUGAUGAUAUCUAGGUCAAGUUCGAAACUGGGUCACGUGCCUUCAAAAACUAGGUCAGUAGGUCAAAUAAUAGAAAAGCCUUGUGACCUCUCUAAAGACCACAUUUUUCAUGGGAUCUGUAUGAAAGUUGGUCUGAAUGUUCAUCUUGAUGAUAUCUAGGUCAAGUUCGAAACUGGGUCAUGUGCGGUCAAAAACUAGGUCAGUAGGUCUAAAAAUAGAAAAACCUUGUGACCUCUCUAGAGGCCAUAUAUUUCAUGAGAUCUUCAUGAAAAUUGGUCAGAAUGUUCACCUUGAUGAUAUCUAGGUCAAGUCCGAAAUUGGGUCACGUGCCAUCAAAAACUAGGUCAGUAGGUCAAAUAAUAGAAAAACUUUGUGACCUCUCUAGAGACCAUAUUUUUCAUGAGAUCUUCAUGAAAGUUGGUCUGAAUGUUCAUCUUGAUGAUAUCUAGGACAAGUUCGAAAGUGGGUCACAUGCCAUCAAAAACUAGGUCAAUAGGUCAAAUAAUAGAAAAACCUUGUGACCUCUCUAGAGGCCAUAUUUUUCAUGGAAUCUGUAUGAAAUUUGGUCAGAAUGUUCAUCUUGAUGAUAUCUAGGUCAAGUUCGAAACAGGGUCAUGUGUGGUCAAAAAUUAGGUCAAUAGGUCUAUAAAUAGAAAAACCUUGUGACCUCUCUAGAGAACAGACUUGUGAAUGGAUCUCCAUAAAAUUUGGUCAGAAUGUUGAUCUUGAGGAUAUCUAGGUCAAUUUCGAAAGUGGGUCAUGUGCCUUCAAAAGUAGGUCAGUAGGUCAAAUAAUGAAAAAACGUUGUGACCUCUCUAGAGGCCAUAUUUUUCAUGGGAUCUGUAUGAAAGUUGGUCGGAAUGUUUAUCUUGAUGAUAUGUAGGUCAAGUUUGAAACUGGGUCAACUGCGAUCAAAAACUAGGUCAGUAGGUCUUGAAAUAGAAAAACCUUGUGACCUCUCUAGAGGCCAUACCCUUGAAUGGAUCUUCAUGAAAAUUGGUCAGAAUGUUCACCUUGAUGAUAUCUAGGUCAGUUUAGAAACUGGGUCACAUGCCUUAAAAAACUAGGUCAGUAGGUCAAAUAAUAAAAAAACCUUGUGACCUCUCUAGAGGCCAUACUUUUCAUGGGAUCUGUAUGAAAGUUGGUCUGAAUGUUCAUCUUGACGAUAUCUAGGUCAAGUUUGAAACUGGAUCAACUGCGGUUAAAAACUAGGUCAGUAGGUCUAAAAUUAGAAAAAUCUUUUGACCUCUCUAGAGGCCAUAUUUUUCAAUGUAUCUUCAUGAAAAUUGAUCUAAAUGUUCACCUUGAUGAUAUCUAGGUCAGUUUCGAAACUGGGUCACGUGCGGUCAAAAACUAGGCCAGUAGGUCUAAAAAUAGAAAAACCUUGUGACCUCUCUAGAGGCCAUAUUUUUCAUGAGAUCGUCAUGAAAAUUAGUGAGAAUGUUCACCUUGAUGAUAUCUAGGUAAAUUUAAAGCAGGGUCACGUACCUUUGAAAACUAGGUCAAUAGGUCAAAUAAUAGAAAAACCUUGUGACCUCUCUAGAGACCAUAUUUUUCAAUGGAUCUUCAUGAAAAUUGGACAGAAUUUUUAUCUUGAUAAUAUCUAGGUCAAGUUCAAAACUUGGUCACAUGAGCUCAAAAACUAGGUCACUAUGUCAGAUAGUAGAAAAAACGAUGUAAUACUCAAAACUGGGUCAUGUGGAAAGAGGUGAGCGAUUCAGGACCAUCAUGGUCCUCUUGUUUGAAAUUUUAAUGAAGCUAUUGUUGUCAUAUUUUUAGCAAAUUAUUCACGUUAUAGGUAUGACACUAUUUCUGUCGAAAUGUAUUGUGUUUGUCACCAUAUAAGUCUGUCUGUCUCUCUCCAGAUCAAAAUCCGCCCUUUGCUCUCUCCCUUUACCCCUUUAAAGCAUUUCAAGUGUGCUUGUUGAGACGACGUGCCGUUUGCAACAUUCAGAAAUUUCGGUACUAGGUCAAGACCAUAUGCUAAAAUUUUCAUACAUACCAUACAAGAUAAAGGUCAUACAAAUUACACAACAUACUUAUGGUAAUGUUAUCAAAUCAAAUAGUUGUGAUCCCACAAAAUAUACACACAUCGAGUUGAAAUACCAUAUUAAGGGGUAUUUCUGUAUUCACACUUUCUGCAUACAGUUAACUAGCAAAUUGUGUUUAGAAUAGUUGUAUAGGGUGUUGAAAAUUAUAUUUAAACAAUAAAGUUGAGUAUAGACUCGUCAAACAUUGUUUACAAGCUUCUCAAGAUACAAUGCUGUUCGGUAUAAUACCUUUUCAUUAUCCGAACUACUGAUUUUGAAUCUCACUAAAUUUCUCACUUUAAAAAAUUACGUAACAAUAUUAAUGUUACUUCUGUUAUAACAAAAAAUGACAGCUACGAGAUUUGAAAGGGGUCUUACUGUGCCUACCAGUUUCAACGUGCAACUUAUGGCUUGAACAAUGAAAUUUUGACAUUGCUUGUCUGUACUUAAAUGGCAGAUUUAUUGUAAGGUAACAUUCUAUAUUUAAUAAAGUUUUAAAAUAUUUAUAAUGGUGACAUCUGCUUGAUUCACUUCCACGACAGUUCAUCGAAAGACACUUCGUCGAAUAUGACAAUUUGCCAAUACGUUAUUUAGUCAAACUUGAUAUUUAGCCGAAUACGACAGUCGGUCUACUGUAUUUUUCGACCAAGUUGGUCGAAAACACGUCUUGAUUGGUAUUGGCUUGAUUCAUCGAUACACUUUCCAGUUCUAUGAGUCUUUGACGAAAAGAACUUACGAAAGAGUUAAUAUCUCCAACAUCAUGUGUAACCCAAUCAUAACCAAAUCCAUACAAAAAUAACAAGAGUUGGACCUGAGUAGCCCAGGUGAUUCUGCCUAAAUUAUCUAAGGAUUUUAACAUUAUAAUAACACCAUUUAGAGUUUUCCUUAUGUAUUAGUUUACACCACUUGUUACUACUGUAUUUCACAACUCGUUCAAUUUUGUUUGUGAGAGAUUUUUCCCAAGGGUGCCAUAUAGAAGAGCAGUAUUCAAACUGUGGGUGGAUAUAGGUGAUGUAAGCUGUUUCGCUUGGAUGAAUCUAAGCGAGUUGUUUGCUUUUGAUGUGAUGUUAUCAAUAUGUUUUGACCAACUGAGAUCUUUACUAUUUUGACCCCGAGGUAUUCAUCAUCAUCAUCAUCAUCAUCUUUAGUAAUCACCUCACUCUGCAAUAUCAUUUGGCUUUAGUGCAAGGGGCUUAUGAACAUUCUGGCCAAUCAGAAUUCAUUUAUUUAUAGUCAUGUGACAAAGUUGUUUAAAUUCAAUGUUUACUUGUUUAGUGAUUAUAUGUGUAAUAGAAAUUAAUAAUAACAUAAUUAUGGUAACUGCAGUGUACCAUGUAAGAAUUCAUUAUUUUGUGAAGUGGCUGCUGAUUUCUCUGAUGGAUUUGUGAAAUGAUGAAAAAUAAAAUAUGAAAUGUACAUGAACCUUG